AUGAUUAAUACGAGCAUAACAACAAUCAAAGAUUUUGUAAUACUUGGAUUCCCAGGACUUGACCCCACGUAUUAUGGACCUGUAUCUACUCUUCUUUUCCUCACCUACUUGGCUAUUCUUGUUGGAAACAUUUUUAUUUUAGUUUUUGUUGGGGUUGAGAGGCAUCUUUAUAAGCCAACAUAUCUGAUCUUCUGUCAUCUGGCAAUGAAUGAUUUGUUAUUUGGGACAGUGACAUUACCAAGAAUGAUAUCCAGAUAUUGGUGGGAUGACAAGAUCAUACCUUUUGGUGCCUGCUUCACUCAGAUGUAUUUUGUUCAUUCCUUGGGAGCGAUUCAUUCUCUCCUGCUACUGAUUAUGGCUGUUGAUCGUUUCAUUGCAGUUUGUUUUCCUUUAAAAUAUCCUGUUCUAAUUACAAACAACAUUAUUUCUAUAGCUUGCUGGGUGUCAUGGAUCGGGACAUUUCUCAGGAUGAUGGGACUUGUGCUUCAUGCCCUAACCUUGCCUUACUGUAACUCUAACAUCAUCGUGCAGUGUUAUUGUGACAACCCUUCAAUUACAAACCUGGCAUGUGGUGGAGAUGUAACAUCUGUAAAGACUGUUGCGGUUGGUUUUGCAAUGUUUAGUCUCUUGCUUCCACUUUCAUUCAUAAUUUUUUCCUAUAUUUUUAUCUUUGUCAUUGUUUCAAAAAUGCAAAACACUGAGGGACGAUACAAAACCUUAUCAACUUGUACACCACAGUUAUUCAUUUCUUGUCUGUAUUACCUGCCGAGGUGUUUUGUUUAUUUAGCUCACGCUACAGGGUUCUCUUUCAGCGUGGACAUCCGCAUUUUACUGAUACUGUUGUACAGUCUUCUUCCUUGUGCGGUAAAUCCAAUCAUAUAUUGCUUUAAAACCAAAGAUAUCAAAGAUAUUUUAAUGAAGAGAUUGAGAAAUGUUAGAGUUGGAAUCAAGCAAGUUUCAAAGUAAUGUUUUCAGUGUCUAAAUGUGUGCAUUAAAUUCUGAAAGUUGUAUAUCAAAUGAAAAAUGUUUGUCUGUCUAAGCUACUUGCAUUUGAUGAACUGAUAUUGCAGCUUAUGCUAUAACUCUUUGAGGUACUAACGCUUAAUUGUAUUACCAAUGUAUUAAUUUCGCAGAUCUGCUCAAAAAUUAAAAUGCAGUUGUUUGCAUUUUCUUAUAAAGACCCGAGCACAGUUCUAUUUUAAAGUAAAAAGUGACUGUGAGAAAGUGACAUGAUCCAUGUGGCAUUCAAAUAAA